CCGUCUCAGUAGAAGAAGUGAACGUUGUUUUCCAAAACGCUUUCACUUAGGAGCAGGAGGAAUUUACGUUUCAUAAAAAUACACAGUGAAAUAUUUCAUCAUGCCCGCGGGUAAAAAUAUCAGGAGAAGGAAAGAGGACUCUUCUGAUGAAGAGGAAUCUGAUGAAGUAACUGCUGAACUCAGGACUAAACUUGAUGAAGCAAAGGAGCUGCAGAGUUUACGGAAGAGACAGAGCGGUGUGAGUUUAGCAUCGUUACUUGUGGGAGAGAAGCUGCCAUUGGAAGCAGAGCUAGAGGAUGAUCCAUUUAAGCUCAAGACAGGAGGCAUUAUAGACAUGAAGAACCUGAAAGACAGAACCGCAGAUAAUGCAGAGGAUGAUCUGAACCUGGGAACUGCUUUCUCUGCUGAGACAAACAGAAGAGAUGAAGAUGCAGACAUGAUGAAGUACAUUGAAACUGAGCUGAAAAAGAAGAAGGGAUUAUUGGAGGCAGAGGAGCAGAAGGUGAAGAUGAAGAAUGCUGAGGAUCUCCUGUAUGAGCUGCCCGAGAACAUCCGUGUCAAUUCUGCCGAAAAGACAGAAGAAAUGUUGUCCAAUCAGAUGCUUAGCGGCAUCCCAGAAGUGGAUCUGGGAAUCGAUGCAAAGAUAAAGAACAUAAUCAGUACAGAGGAGGCCAAAGCAAAGCUGAUUGCCGAGCAGAGGAAUAAGAAGAAACAUAGCGGUACCUCAUUUGUUCCCACCAACAUCGCCGUGAACUACGUCCAGCAUAAUCGCUUCUACCAUGAAGAUGUGAACGCACCUCACAGACGCCACCGAGAAGAACCUAAAGCACGACCACUGCGUGUUGGAGACACUGAGAAACCAGCACCGGAAAAAUCACCACCCAACUACCGCAAGAGACCAAACAAUGAGAAGGCCACGGAUGACUAUCAUUAUGAGAAAUUCAAGAAGAUGAACCGAAGAUACUGAUCCCUCGUGACCUUGUCAAAAACUCGACCAAAAUUCUUUGAAGCAUGAAAAGAAACAUUUGUCAAAUGUUCAAAGGAAGAUGUUGGUUGUAGUGUAACAGGAGUGGCAUGGUGGCACAGAGAUUCAUUGCUGCCUCAUAACUCCAGGGCUUUUUCCUGCGUUCGGGUUAUUGUCUGUGUAUUUUAUUUUGACAUGUUCUGCCUGUUCUCUGGUUUCCUACCAUCUUGCAAAAACAUGCCAGUAGGUGUUCUGUUUAUGCUAAAUUUCCCCAAAGUGUGUGUGUGUAAGAGAUGCCCUCAGAUGGACUUGCAUCCCAUCCAAGGAAUAUUCCUGGCUCACAUCCAGAGUUCUUGGGAUUCCUCUGGAUCCAUUGUUCAGGAUAAUGAAUGAAUGAAUGAAUGAAUGAAUGAUGUCUCUCUUCAGGUGCGCCUGGAUUUCUUAAGUAUUUCUGUUCGUUUUGGAUGUUAUGUAAAUAUUUAGUUGAACAGUUUGUAUUGCAGAUGAUCAGAAAGGAUUCUUGAGUGAAUUGCAAACACUUAAUAUACCUAUAUCCUGUUUCUAAGUAAAGAAAAAGAAUUCAGAAA